UUCCCCAGGCUCAACUGGGCAUCUUUGACUUCCUGGCACUAACCUAGUCCGCUUACCUGACACAAGCAGCCAGGCCUACCCCUCUCCAUCCUCCGAGGCCGGGUAAACAGGAGGGCAGAGCUUUCAGAGAUACUAUUCAGAUGUGAAGUCAACUAGCUUGUUUAGGCAUGAGUUUCUCUGGAGGUAAGAGAUGGUGUGAGGGGGCGUCGGUCAGUUUCCUCCAUCCCUUCCCUCCCGCCCCACAAAGGCCAAGGGCCAGACACGUGGGCUGCUGUGGAGAGGCGGAGUUUACACUAAGGCGGAGGUGCAAAUGGACGGGGGCGGGGUCUUAUUUGCAUGGACGGCGCGCGGCCACCAAUCCGGACAGGCGGAGCGACAGCCCGCGCGCCUUUUGGGGGCGGACUGACAGCCCCAGGGCCCUAUGGAAGGCGGGUCCUGCGGCCGGCGGGGGCGGGACCGUGCCGGGCGCUGCCCGGGGGAUUCGGGCCGGUUCGCGGGCGCUGCCAGUCUCGGGCGGCGGCGUCCAGCGCGCGGACGGCCUGCUGGGCGGGCUGGGGGCCGAGCAGCGCGCGGGUGAGGCAGAGAGAGACCGGGCCGAGGAGCAACCACUGCGACAGGUCCCGGCUCCGGCUCCCGUCGGCGGUCCCCGACUCGCCCGAGGCCCGGCGCCUCUGACCGCGACCGCCCGGAGCAGGCUGCGGGACCCGCCGAGAGCCGGGCGGCGCGUGAGCAGCAGCCGCCGCAGGCGGGAGAGAAACUUCACCUUUUGGGGCCCGGGCGGCGGGCGAAGUCGAGCCGGGGUGAGCGGUGCGCCGGGACGCCGCGGGCGCGAUGGAGCCGCGCACACCUGGCGGGGCCCGUGGCGGGCGAGGAUAACGGAGUGUCCCGCGGCUGCGCUCCUCGCUUUCGGUUUGCGCUCCCCGGGCGGUGGGUGUGAAUGCGUGUUCUCCGCCUUCACCUGCCGCCAUGGGACAAGUGGCUGGGAUACAGCAUCCCGGUGCUCGGCUGCUCUUGGAGGGUGCCAGUGCAGCGCCGUUCUAACAGAGAAGUUGCAAGCCUAAUACAAGGAACAUCGAGAUUCACCAGUUGUUGGUGUAUGCGCUUGAUCAAACUUACUGAGCUGACUACUUAAGAUCUGGACACUUUACGAUUUUUGUCUCCAUCUUCAGAAACCCCAGUCUGGAUCCUAAAUCGCUAGAGCCUUAAAGUAGAAAGAGCCAGGGAGACAGAGAGGAAGGGAGGGAAAUAACCUCUAGUCCAGCCAUCUUGCCUUUCAGAUGAGGACACUAAGGUCCAGAGGAAGUAAAAUCACAUGUUCAAGAUCCACAGCUAAUUACUGAGCAGGCCUGUACCUUUUAGAGCUAAACUAGGGCUGGUUUUUUUUUUUUACUGUCAUGCCUAGUGUGAUUCUCAGCCAUGUGGGUGGAAAUUAUAGUAGUACUCCUGAUAAUUUUUCUACUAAUUGCUAUUAAAAACCAAGAUAAAAAAUAAUUUUACC